AUGUCCGUCGCCCUCACCACGUCGACGUCAAGUCUCCUCCAGGAAGAGCCGGGCGGCGCUUCCCCCAACGCCUGCGUAGGAUUAGACAUCAACCAGGCCGCCGUCAACUGUGUUCUCAAACAGGAGCCCAUCUCCGUCACUCUCAAUGGCCCGGCCAUCUUCGCCCUCUCCAUGACCCUGGCCCUCAUCAUCCACUUCCUCGAGCCCCGGGUCGCAGAGUGCCUCCUUGUUCUCCUGCCCAUCCUCCUCCUCGUUCACAACGACUAUCAUAACUACCUCGGCCUCGGCCCGGGCGGUACCCCCGCCACCUUCCCGGGCUACGUCCGUAUCGCCUGGUUCCGCCUCUGGGCCCUCCGGGACCCUUUCACGGCGCCCGACCCGGACCCGGACCGCCUCCCGAAGCGGGGCAUCCUCCGCCAAGACGACGAUCCGCACCACUGGCCUCUGCCCUACCGCCCCGGUCCGCGGCCCAUGGUCGCCGGCAUUGCGCCGCAGAGGCAGCUAGACCAGCACGGGACGGUGCCGCACUACCACGCCCUGCGGCGGACGCUGGAGGGGCUUGCAGCGAGGAACCCGGCACGGUUCGGCACGGCGCGCUCGUGUCUCGAGAAGCACGGGUUGGGGCUAUUCGCGCGACACCCGGUGAAUGUGACGUGCAACGGUGAGGUGUGCCACGUCCACGACUCGGACCACUCGCUUCAUAUGAACCUGCACCCGGAGGACAUCCGUGAGGUCCUGGCCAAAGGGUGGGGACAGAGGCACCCCUUGGCGUGGAAGGGGAGUUUGGUGAGGAUGCCUGUGCCGGAGGAGUUUGUCAUGGUCUACGCCCCGCGAGACGACCACGAACUGAGCAUCGUAUGCAGGAUCAUUGAAGCGGCAAUCUGGUACGUCAUUUCCGAAAAGACGGAGAUUCGGGUCGAGAGGGCCACCUGA